CAGUCUUGGGCAGCGCAGUGUUACUUUACGGGUGGCAAACAUGGAUCUGGUCUCUAAGGAUUUAUAUAUUCAAAGUCUUGCUAGUCGGGUGUUUUCUCAGCGACCACAACUGGAGCCAAAGAAGAGACGUUUUGGAAAUUUAAAGGGUGCCGCAAAAGAUAAUGCCGCCACUAAAAAAAACAAGGUGAAAAAGAAAACUCUGAAGUCUCAACAGAACAAAACAACAACCAAUCCUGUGACUCAAAAAACUGAGGAUAAAGCAAGCCCAGAUGAAGUCAAAGUUAAGGCCAAAAAGGGGAAUGCAAAUCUGAAGAAAAAUAAUGUUGAGAUAAAAUUUUCUGGGGUGGAUCUGCUGCGCAAGAGGCUGCAUGAAAAGAUUGAAGAGUCCAGGGGACAGGGUCCACCAAAGGAUGCUUCAUCACCAGAGGUACAAGCCAAGAGGGCAAAGCGAAAACUUGAGCGGGAACGCAAAAAAAGGAAGAGAAAGGAGAUUCAAAUGAAGAAAUUGUCUGAAAAAAGUGAGGUAGAAACAAGACCAGAGAUUAAACAGGAGGGUGAGAUUGUGACACCUAUAAGUAAGAGGAAUGAAACGGGUAUUGUAUUCAACAAAGUGGAAACAGUAGAAGAGGGAUAUGAAGACAAAAUGUUAAAGAAGCAAAAUAAGAGAAAAAGUUUAAAGGGCCAGAUAACGCCACUAACUGGAAAGAACUACAAGCAACUGCUCAGUCGUGUGGAAGCACGUAAAACUAAACUUGAGCAGCUGAAAGAGAAGGAUGCUGACAAGGCACUUGAGAUGGAGAAUAAGAUGAAGUGGACAAAUUUACUAUACAAAGCAGAGGGCAUUAAAAUUAAAGAUGAUGAAAAGAUGCUGCGUGUUGCAUUAAAAAGAAAGGAAAAAAGGAAAACCCAGCGGAAGAAGAAGUGGGAUCAGCGCAGUGAGAACGUGCUGGAGAAGAUGCAGCAUCGACAAGACAAGCGAAAAAAGAACAUUUUAAAGCGCAAGAAAGUCAAAGUAGAGAAGAAGAAGGACAGAGCACGUAAAAGAGGCAGAGUCCUCCCAGAGGACUUGAAAAAGGCUGGCAUUUAGAGAACAUUUGUUAUACAUGUAUGAUUAGCAGUUUGUCAAUAAAUACAGUUUUGUGAAAUCUACUGUAAA